UGCUUUUGAUUCAAUGCUGGUGUACAGAUUACCUAGUUUACCUUUUCCCAGAUUUGAACGCACUUCACCUGAGCACAGCUACACAUGCAACAGCAUCGUGUGGGAGUAGCCUGAAGAAGUCCUGGGCGGGGAGAGGCCGCUUCAUUUGACGUCAAUAGAGAAACAGUUGAGUCAGUUUGGAGAUGCGGGAACAGGACUUCCCUCCAUACUGAAACCUGAACCGGAAAGCAGGAGACCCCCGUUCAGCUGAAAGCACCGGCCGAGCCGAACACUCGAACCCCGCUUUCGCCCUCAGCAGCCGCCGCAGUUCCGGUGACUUCCGCGGCUUUCCGAGCGUCUUGUAGCGGCAAGAAACACCGGAUACAGCCUCCGCUGCCGGGACCGAGACUUCCGUUAAGAAGUCCGGGGAAAAUCGUUUCAGUCGAUAUUUCUGGUGGCUGGGAAACACUGGCAUGCCGUAGCAGCCUUGUGUUCAGGCUGCAGAGCUGUCUGCAAUGAAGAGGCGAGCCAAGAAGUUGCUGGAGGAGGAGGAGGAGACCUUGUGCUGCUGCGAAUACGUGAACAGACACGGACAGCGCAGCCAUGUAGCAGCCUGCUGCUGUGACUGUGAGGACAUGGAUGAAGCCUGUGACAGGUUUCUGAAGAGGGAACCUCAGAAGCCCGAAUCCCUGUCACAGGUGACUGCAGUCGUCGCAGAUCGGAUUCGUGUGCCCUGGCUGUGGGGUGGAGCUCGAAAGGUGGACCUGUCCAUCAUCCCUCCUCUUAUUCUCCUUCCUGCCCUGCUGCACCUCGCUGCUCUCCACUUCCUGAUCGGUGUGGUGGUUCUGACUGCUCUGCCGGGCUUGGUGCUGUGGUACUACUAUUUCACCCACCGUAAGAAAGGACGAACGCUCUUCUUCCUCAGCCUGGCCCUCUUCUCCUUGGGGUACAUGUACUACUUAUUCAUCACAGAGGUGUUUCCGCGUGGGGAUGUUGGCCAGCUUCAGCUAGCGGUGGUAAGCGUGGGGGUCGUCCUCACCCUGCUAGCUCUCUUCCAUACCAAGAGAGAUCCUGGCAUCCUGCGACCAAACGAAGAGUCCGUUCACAGCAAGGUGACGUAUUACAGCCCCCCGGCAGACAGAAACCCUUCCCUCAAUGGGGGGAGACAGGAUGUGACGAUGACUAUAGCCAACCGGACUGGGUUGUCAGAGCAAGUGGAAGAGGAACUGAAGGAAAGUAAACGAAAGAACUGGUGUCAGGUGUGCAGAUUGGUGCGGCCCCCCAGGGCGGGACACUGUCGCAUCUGUGGUGUCUGCGUGCUGCGUCUCGACCACCACUGUGUCUGGAUAAACAGCUGUGUGGGGCAGGCCAAUCACCGCAGCUUUCUGCUCACGCUCGUCCUCUUCCUGUUGACGUCCCUGUACGGAAUCAGCCUGGUCCUGCAGAGUGUGUGUCCGCGACAAAAUCUCCUCAUUGCCUUACUCUACUGCCCGGGAGUCUACAACCAAUACAGCACUGCUCUUUGUUUCACCUGUGCGUGGUACAGCAGUAUCGUGACCGGCGGGCUGCUUCACCUGCUGAUGGUGCAGAUCAUCAACGUCAGCUACAAUGUGACUGAGCGUGAGGCCCGCAUUGCCCUGCGAGAGAAAACUGCUCGCAGUGCCUACUGGGGACUCAUCGUGGACACUGGCGUCUAUUCCCGAGGUUUCCGCAGCAACUGGUCUGAGUUCAUGAACAUGGGAGACAAAGUGAUUCCCCCCUCUCUCACAGACUUGGUGUAAGAGGCUGUUAAGCGACCCUGUUUAAAGUUUGGGAAUUGUGGCUGCUGCUGUGUAUGUGUCCACUGGAGGGCAGCAUGGCUCCUUUUGAGCUAGAGCUGCUGUGCUUUAAUAUGUAACGUGGUGUUACACUGACUUUGACACUCAGCAAUAAUAACUGCUCAUCCCCAUAAGAUGCACAUAUUGCCAUUAAUGUGAAGGACAUGUGGCAUCUCCUCUAUGCAGCCGCUCAUAUUCAUCACUGUUGCCUCACUUCACCCCUGCCAAACAAAUAUUACUAUUCCUUCAUGCUGGAUGCCUUCCUUGGACUUGAAGGCUGACCUUAUACUUUAUCUCCCCUCCCUUGUAGUGCCUUGGUGCAAGACAAUAACACCAAUCUGUUGAUGCUGGUGGGGACAAUUUGUCUGUGCACAGCACAAGAUGUUGCCUCUGAGUGUGCAGAUAGGAUGUUCAAAGAGGCUCUUUUGGCUCACUAUAACCUUUUCAUCAUUCAUAGACAGACUGCACUUGACCUUACUUGGCCUUGUGAAAUGAAUUCAUGGAUAUUUAUCACAACUAAUUGAAACAUUUUGGCACAGGCCAGAUAGGCCAGCUAAUUUGAAGCUCCACAGCAGUGGAUUGCAUGGUUAUUACCAUGUGGUUACUUUGACUCUUUUAAUCUAUUUUCAAAACUGAUAAAUGGAAAAAGCAAAUGUGUCAAUACGUGUUGGCUUCAGUGAGAAAAAUGUGCUUUUCCCUGCUUUUGGUUCUCACAGGCAUUAAAGCUGUUUUUUUUUUUGGUACUCUAGUAAUUGCACAAUUGUGUUUUUAUGAAAAUAAUUGUAUUUAUUUUUAUAAUAUAAAUGUGAGAAAUGUGCAGUGUUUUCAUCUUCCAGAGUGAUGCUCUAAUGUUUUCAUGCCAACUGUAUCAGCAAGCAUUAUGUUGCCUAGACUGUUGGUCUUCCCAGAGGCUUUACAGUGGAUGGGAGCAGAAAUCCGGGAGAACCUCAGUCACUUUACGGCACAGCUUCUCCCUCCGUACAUCUCUCUCUCUUUCCUUGCGCAGCAAACAUGGAAGCUGCCUCCAGGCCAGGAAACAUUGCCGCAGCACUCGUCUAAAAUGCAGGCAGAUGGAGGGACAGACGGAAACAGGGCAAGCGAGCAAUAACAAACUGGAUUAAAGGGACCUCCAGGUUGACAACACCUAAUAAGUUUUCACAUGUAACUGAGGGGCUUGUUGAUAAUGGCAGCAAGGCAGCUGGUGGGAAUUCACUAGCAGCCUGUGGCUAUUAAACGGACUUCAGCUAACAAGCUGGAAUUUAUAAACAUUCCCAACUCGUGGCAAUGACAGGUCAUUCAAGUGCUGCUUAAAAAAAAAAUCUCAUAUUUUGAUCAAAAUGGAAGGCUUUGCAAUAUUAGUUUAGGCAUAGAUGUGAAAACAAACACUGCAGACUAAUUUCGCUGUAAUUUAAAAAUCAGACUGACUCUAGAGCUUCUGGAAUUUUUGGAAGUUUUGUACGGGUAUUCGUGUAAUCCAAGGGUUGAUUUUUGUGAACUAUGGAAAACGUCUGACCCUUUCUUUACAUUUUUGGUUUUGAGAGAAAUUAAUUUCAUGACUUCUGACUUUCAUCUGAUGGAUAACAAGUAAAAUAAGUCAGUUCAAUAAUAAAAGUUUAAAGAUGAAUGGUACGGUUAUCAUUUUGAGCAAUAUACCAAUCAGACACAACACUCAGAUGCACCGGGCCAUGGACACAGGCCCUCUACAAAUGUCUUGUGGUGUCCACUGAUCCACUGAUGGUGGGGUACAAGUCUCAGUAAAAUUAGUUUGUUCUGGAGCAUCCUGGUGAUGCUCAUUUGGACUGGGAAUUAAGUGCUGGAGGAGACCACUGCUGUUGGAGAGUGCUUUUUCGUGUGUCUGUAUGUGUGUGCUUGGUCUGUAACGCUGUUUAGGUUGGUGGAACACAUACAUGUAAUAUCUAAAUGAAUAUCUGGACACAGAUUUCUCUGCAGAUCAUUGUAUUGUAACAAAAUUAUUAAUGUUAUUUAGUCAAAAGUGUCAUUUUUAAUGCUGUGGCUGGCUGGGAUACAUUGUACUUAGUGUUGGUGGGCAUGCUGUAAACUAAGCUAAGGUCAAAUCUCAGCAAAUCAGCAUUGAGCACUUUUAUAAUCAGAAACAUUAGCUUGGAGCUUAUGGUUGCUUUACUAGUUGCGUCACCUCAACUAGAUGCCACCCAGAUUUGUACCCUGCUGGUCUCUUUCUGCUUGGUAGCAGAGCUCUGUGAGCUCUACUAGAGUCAGUAAAUCAUAAUUAAAAUAACCAAAAAAAAUCUUAA